GUUGAGCGUACCGGAAGAGAAGGUGGUGUUUUCCCUGGCCAUCUUGUGGCAGCUCUACCUGAAGUAUUUGCAACAAGCCUCGUAGAAUCGGUGGAGAAUCACGGCAAAGGGGCGCCAUCAUGCCCGGACAUCUGCAAGAAGGUUUUGGUUGUGUUGUAACCAAUCGGUUUGACCAACUAUUGGAUGAUGAGUCAGACCCAUUUGAAAUACUGAAAGCAGCAGAGAACAAGAAAAAAGAUGGGGCCGCCGCUGGUUCAACGAAGACUGCUGCACAGGCUGCAAAGCAGCCGAAGAAAGAGUCUCAGAAAGAUAGAAAGAACCCACUGCUGGAUAAAAAAGAAGAUUCACAGGCCCCUGUGCCUCUUAAGAAGGAGGGCAUGAGGAGAGUCGGUCGGAGGCCAGACCAACAAGGCCAGGCGGGCUCUCAACAGCAGGGAGGUCAGGGGGAGGGUCGUCAAGGUGACAGAAAGCCAGACCGACGACCCCCACGCGAACGUCGCUUUGACAAACCAGCUGAAGACAAGCCGGAGGGAGGUGAAUUCCCAGUGGACAAGCCGUCUAGCGACAGGCCUCUUCGUGGGCGUGGAGGCGGACGCGGUGGCCGUGGACGAGGACGUGGAAUGGGACGGGGCGAUGGCUUUGACUCUCGUGGCAAGCGUGAAUUUGAUCGACACAGUGGCACUGACAAAUCGCAGAAGUCUGAGGAGAAACGUAGUGGGAGUGGAUCGCACAACUGGGGCAACGUGAAGGAUGAAACUAGUGAGCAAGACGUGGCUGCUACUCAAGAAGAAACCCAUGAAGGAGAGCCACAAGCACCAGCUGACUCUGAGAAUAAGGAAAAUGAAGCGGAGGAGGCAAAGGAGGAAGGCCCCAAAGAGAUGACCUUGGACGAGUGGAAGGCCAUGCAAAACAAGGAACGCACCAAGGUCGAGUUUAACAUUCGCAAGCCCAACGAGGGAAACGAUGGCCAAUGGAAGAAGGGAUACGUGCUGCACAAGUCCAAGAGCGAGGAUGUUGCUGCGAAGGCUGGUGGUGGCCUGAUUGACACUGGAGAGGCCGAAGCUGAGGUCUACAACAAGGGUGAUGAUCCUGCUGCUGAGCACCACUUCCGCAAGCCGGCCAAUGACAUCACCUCUCAGCUGGAGAUCAACUUCGGGGACCUGGGCCGCCCUGGCCGUGGCCGUGGGGGCUCUCGCGGAGGCAGGGGGGGCCGUGGAGGUGGCGGCAACCGGCCAAGCCGGGGCGGAGGCCGAUCUGAGAAGGCUAGCGGCGUGUCAGUUCCCAACGUGGACGACCCUGAGGCUUUCCCAGCUCUGGCCUAAACCCCAGCACUGACACCAGCCAUCCCCGCCCUGCCGGGCCCCUGCUCUACGAGGCUUGCAUGCUUAUGGAUCCUUCUAUUCUUAAAGAGAAAAAAAAAAGAAGAUAACCACGAGACUGUCAUCAUUACCAUUAAUACGGAGGACUGAAUUCUACCCCUUUUAAAAGGAUAUUGAAAAAAGAAAAUGUGCUUCAAAAACGGACUUCACUUGUUACACUGAAGCAAAAUUAUUGGUAGAGUUUUUUGUAUUUAGAAACAUGAUAGCAGGGAUGUUUCAUACAGUAUUUUUGUCUCCAGAGGUUAUGCGUUCUCCAUGGUUAUUUUGUAUUGCUGCUUGAAUGUAUGCAUUUCCAAAAGAGUGUGUCGCUGGCUCCUGCUAUGCUUACAGCAUUUUGGCCUGGCCACCCUCACACGCUGUGAAAUUGAUCAUUUGGGGAUCAUCACCCUUUGGGGUUAAACUGAAAGGGGGAAUGUUAGGGUCUGUAUUAUUCCAGGAGGAAGAUCUCCAUUCCCAUUUACCAAUCUUUGAAUUGUCAGAGACCAGGCUUAUUUUUUGUGUACAGUUUUGAAAGCCCAGAUUUCAAGUUAUAUCUAACCGUGUGAGGUUGUUGUUUUUUUGUCUUUUUAUUUCAGCUCUUGCCACUGAAAGCAAAUGCUACUGGUUUUAUUUUAUUUUAUUUUAUUUUUUGACAUCCUUGUUUCGUCAUUGUAUCGACCAGUGGUCUUAGUAUGUGUGCUCGUCCCUGACCAUCAUUGAGAUGUGUCCCUGGUCGUGGUAUAGGCAGCCAGGGACCAGUGAAGCUCCAGGCUGGUCCUUGUAGGUUUUAUGGUUGUCUUGUAGAAACCUUAGGACCACUAUUCAGAAAAAAGAAAUGUGUGUAUAUAUAUUUGUGCUUGCGUGUGAGUGUGUCUGCUUAUGUGGUGUGUGAGAGUGAGUAAGACUGAAUGUGUGUUUGGGCAAAGUGUGAAUAGAAUGAUAAGGACUUAUUUUUUUGAAGUACUCAUCUACCAUGAAAUUAUCCUCCCAGCCCUAGGUCCCAGUUCAUCGAAGCUCUGUUUCACCUUGAAAUAGAUUUGUGUUGAGACUUUGUAGUGGAUAUUUUCUAGGUUAUAUUGUGGUUUUAUCUUGCACUUAGUUAAUAACAUAUCCCAUGAUGGCAUAUACGCACGAAUUGUUAACAGUUCAAAGAGAUUUGUUUUGAUGACCUGUUAUCCCCCCUUCAAAGAAAACUGUGGUCUCUGCCAUGUUUAUUUUUGAUUUUAAACUUGAGAUUUUAGUAGGUCAGUGUGGAACAAUAGAGAGCUCCUAAAAUGACAAAUGCCGCCCUUGCCUGUAUGUCUGGAUGUAUGUUAUGCCCACUUUGCAUACAUAUGAAACCUUGUAUAGUCAAUACGGGACUAAGACAUGCGGAGAGUCAAAUUGCGUAAUUACAUUUUCAGAGCAGUGAACUGAUAGUGACCUCCAACAGAGUCAUAAUAUACAUGCAGACAUGCAAGCAGGGGCAACAUCCGGCUGUUAUUCUAUUUUGGUUAAAUUUAGAUGUCUGUAAACAUCCCUGUUCAAUAAAGUACUUAGAGGUGUUAAAUGUAA